AUGACUAAAAUUUUAUCUCUCAUUUUAAUUUCUACGGCUAUUUGUAUUUCAUUAGCUCAUCGAAAUCCUAGAAGAGAUCCAUGGUUUUAUGGUCUUAUACGACCAUUCAGUAAUCCAACAAGUAUUUGUGCAAAUAAUGAAACACAAGCAACAUAUCUUGCUAGAACUAAUGCUCUUAUCAAUAAUUUUCAAUUAAAUUCAGCAUAUAAUUCUGUUGUACAAAUCGAAUUACCAAAAUUUAUUGUAUAUAUAAAAGAUCCAAGUAAUCAAGCAUUAUUAUAUACUAAUUGCACAGCUUUUAUUAAUGGUGUGAAAGCAGCAAAAUUAGCAGACCAAAGUGAUGCACGUACAAGAAAACAAAUUGCUCUAGAUAUAUGUCGACAAAUUCGACAAGUUUCACGUAAUGUAACUGGUAGUAAUGGACCCAAUGACUUGGAUAUUCCUGAAGUAGAUGAAUGUCGUUGA